AUGAUACUGUCGUCUGCAUAUUCCAGCACUGUAGGCAUGUACGCACGCAGUGUUUCUGGGACAAAAACCUCCAUCGCACUGAAUGGGUCAUCCGACUCGGAACUGAGUAACCAUAAACCAGAUUGGCUUCAUGAUCUACGCUUUCUCCCACCCAUAUACCACCGUGUGAUCACGGCGACAACAACCAGCUACGGCUUGGAUAGUCGGCUGAUUUGCCAAAUUUUCUCUUCAUCUGGCCUCAGUGACAAAACGCUACAACACAUUUGGACAAUGGUGAACCAUUCACAUCCUGGUUGGCUCACUCCAUCCGAAUUGGUUCUGGCUUUAGCUCUCAUAGGCGUCGCCCAACGCGAGCAGUUCGAUCUACGCAAACCGGAAGACUUGAUUUUGUCCCAUCUGACCGUGAACUAUUUAAACGGCUUUACAACUCCGCCCGUUCCGCGAAUCAGUGUGCCCAUUGCGCCCCCUAUAACAUCGAAUGGUCCCGUGAUUACGACACAAGUAUCCUUCACACCGCCACCUAUUUCGAUUCCAAAGACUACAUCAACAAACUGUUCUAAUGGUUUUCCGGCUCAUCCCGAUGAUGACUGGGCCGACUUCACAUCCUUCGAAAAAGUGACUGCGGAUGCUCCCAAGCUGGCCGAUGCAUCCCGGAUACUGGGCAACGGUAUCUGCCCUGACUUGAUUGAACAUUGUACACACCUUCAGAAGAAUUCCGCAGUUAGCAUCCCAUUCUCCAUGGAUGAUGAUUUUGGCGACUUUCAAACCAGCAUUGGCACAAGUCUCGCAGCCGGUCCAGUGCCGAUCCCGCAAAACACAAACAAGCUCUUAUCCGCAGAGAACAACAUCAGUCUCAUCGACAAUCGGUUUGAGGUGACUCGACCAAAUUACAACCUUUCUUCUGAUUUUCAGACCUAUGAGACGCCAAAACAGACCAUUCAGUACGAGUGGUCUCGGUGCCUGACACAGUGCUUACAAGUAUUGAAUGCGUCACUCGAUUCAUUAUCCGUACUAUCCUCGAAAUCGGAACGAGAUGAAUUCAGUUCCACUCCAGAGGGUCACGAGUUUUUCCUUGAUCUGUUCGAAGUUUACCGGAUCGCACAACGGGUGGCAGAAUCUGCUUCUAGAUAUGGGCUGUGGACCCCAGAAUUACGCUCCCAAGCUUCUCAGCUGCGCGCGUCAUUCCAAAAUCAUGCACAGUGGAUCACACCAACGGAGCUCAAGGGUCGAUUCGACAUCCUCGUACAGGCGUCCUUGCUCGACGGUUGCACAAUUCUACCAGUGCGAACGAAUUCUUCAUCCUACUGUGGAGUAUGUCUGGACACGUUUUGUCCGGAUUCCGCAUGUACCGAAGCGGACAAUGUGAUUCCAUGGGCUGGUCGUCAGUACCACGCUUCUUGUGCCAAUUUCUGGAUUAAUCGCGUUCAACUGAGUCUCCCUGCCUUGGUGCUACCCUAGCCUGAUUGCUUUUCCAUUCAUCAAACUAUCGAACACCGUCGCCAGAUAUUAUUAUUUUCCUCCAUCACUUUGGCACAUUCCACAGCCAACUGAUCUUCAUUCUACCGGUAAAUUUGUCGUCUGUGAUGUACCUCCUUUCUAUUUCUCUGAGCUCGUUUCUGUUGUACA